CACUCUGCUCGCACUGGAGAAGCAGCCGGUCUUCAUUCUGGAGGGAAAGGCCCCAGUCGAGUCCAGCAGGGGGGAUGGAGGUGGCGGGGAGGCUGGUUCCCUCAGCCCCGGCCCUGCGGCUCUGCCUCUGACCCAGGCGGAGAGCCUCGGACCCUGGCAGAGCGAGAGCCUGCUGGCAGAGUCCUGGUCCACAAUGGGCGACAUGGACCCCGAGGACACCAAAAGCCUGGACAGCAAUGACGAAGUGGUUCUGGGUGGGGAGGAGAACCACUCUUUCAACUCCGACAUGGUCCACCUGGAGCGAGAGGAGGCCGAGUUACUCGAGGAAGCAGAAAAGGAGGAGGGGGCGAGGAGAACAGAGGAAGAGGAGGAGGAUGACGAAGAGCUGCAGACAAGCGUGCUGAGUGUUUUAGGUGGGGAGAGGGAGCUGAGUGAGCUCAGGGAGGAGGAGCACGACGUCCAUGCCCCAGAAACUGAGGAGCUCCUGGUGUCAGCAGAAGAGCCUUACGUGGAGAAGAAGCCCGCAGAGUUCAUGCAGGUGGUUCCCCCGAUGGCGCUGCCUCCACUGCCUAUCGUCAGGCUGGAUCCCCCCUCCACCACGUCCACCCCGGUCCCUUCAACCACAGCCUCUGAAGUGGAGGAGCUUUUCUCAACUCAGGGGCUCCACCCACCUUCCAUUCUUGCACGGAUGGCAGAAGAGCCUUCGUCAGAGAGUCUCGAGCAACUGAAAUUCUCACAGAUUCCCCUCUCGGAUAUUAAGGAACACUCAGCUAAAGCCUCUCAAAAAGCACCAGAAAAGCCGGAGCCACCAAAGCCCACUGCUCCCAAGACUCCCAAACAUCUGAGCUCCACUGAGCUGCUGUGUGGAGGCGCUGCUUUAGUUGCUGUUGUGGGAGUAGUGGCAUAUGGUGCUGUGGCCUACUGCAGAAAGUAGUCUCCUUUAAUCCUGAAUUACCCUUUCAACACAGGUUUUUAAAUCUAUUCCAAAUGAAAUUAUUUUACUACACUCUCAGGAUUCUGGAUUUUACUCUCUGACACUCUUUGUAUUGCAGUUAUCAUAGGAAACAUCCAUUUGAUUUUGUUCUGAUUUGAUUUGUGCUACCUCAGCUCACUGCAGAUGUUAUGGCCUUUGUUUUCCUGCAUACAAAAGACCUCUGAUCUCUAAAAUGUAAACCUGGAAUGUAAAAUCAUGUAAAGGUAGAAUUUUAAAGAAUCCUGAAUCUUGAAA